CGGCCUGUUACUUGUAUUAAAAAAAGGGGCGGAGGGGAACCGUGUAAUCUAACUGGCAAUGUCUUGAAAAAACUUGUAGUUUUCAAUUUCAUUGGUCUAGUUUCUUACUGAUUAAAAAAGUGGGAACUUACAUCAUUGCUAAAAAAAUUUUCUGGGGAUUUUUUUUUUUUUUUUUUUUAACUCAUUCCGAAUUUACAUGUCGAAAAAACGUAGAACAUCUCAUAUGAGUAUUGGAAGUAUGUACAGUGGAGUCGAUAUGUUACAAUUAUCAAAGGGAAGAAGAUCAAUAUCCAAAUCAAGAAGGUCUUCGGCAGUUGAUGAAAAACCUCCUUCAAGGCGUACCAGCUUGGCUGCUGCGCUUAGUUUACUAUCCUUACCAUCUUUUAUGGACGAGUCCUUAGUCAAUGUUUUGGACGUACACGCUUUAUAUAAAGUUAAGGUUGACAGGUCCUCAAAAAAAUUAGAGUGUUUCUUUGGUGAACCCUCACCAAUUGAUGUUUGUGUCAGCGAAAUCAUGAAAGAAGGCCUGAAAGCCAUGUUAGAAUCCAAAGUGCCUUUAUGUUACUUCCUCUUCUAUCUAUUGGACGAAUUCAGCUCUGAAAAUUUGUUUUUUUUCAUGGAGGUCGAAUGCUUUGAACAAAUCUUCAAAAACAAGAAUAUAUCCCUGGCUGAACAAGAACGCAAGGCCCAAAAGAUAUUUGACCAAUAUAUAUCGAGCAACGCAAGUUUCGAAAUCAACCUUGAUGAUAGAGUGAAACGUACCAUUACGAGCCGCUUCUUGUCAAAAACAACCAUCAUUACAGCCGAUACAUUUAAUGAAGCGAAAACGUCAGUCUACGUUCUAUUAGAAUCCAGCUUUAUUCGAUUUUUACACACUUAUGCAUAUAAGGAUAUGCUAGAGAAUUGCGGAGAGUUAACUAUACAUUAUGAUGAACAAGUCACUACAGCUUCAUUGAAUUAUUUGGUCCAGUACCUUCGCUCUCAACGAGAAAACCUAAUGUUACAUAGUGAAAAUAACACAGCUUUCAGUAGUACACUAGUUUCACUAAACCUGAAGCACUAUGAAUUAAUCAAAUCUGCCGUUCAAGGUUUCAUUAAAACUCUAUUUGGUAUCGAUUAUCUGUCAAAUAAAAACUCUUGGUCUUCAUCCUUCUCAACCGCCAAAAAGCCAAACAAAAAGAAACACUCAAAAUAGACGAAAAACCUUGUAUAUUAUAUAUUUAAAUAGACUGUAUUAUAUUAUAUUAAAAAAGAAAAUGAUACCCCCUUUCAUGCUUUUUUAUGCACACAUGUAACACGAA